AUUUUGUGUCUGUACCUUGAGCCUGAGGGUUGCAGAAUGCGGCAGACUGCAUAUUGUGCAGGCAGUGGGGUUGGCAAGCAAAUUAGACCAUGUUCUCCUAUCUGUUAUAGUAGUAAUAAUUUUUUGAACCAUAUGUCACCCCUCAAACCAUACAAUGAUGAAUUACAUUUAGAACCUAAAUCACAAGCUUCUGCUGGUAAUUCUUUGAAUUAAAAGUGACCCCUCAUAUCUUACAACGAUCAUUAAGGGACAUAUGUCCAAUCAAUAUUUAAUACAAAGCUAGCUUUUCCUCCUAUACUAGGGAUUGGCUUAAUUAAUUUCCUUGCAGAUCUUUUAGUAAAUCGUAAUCUGCUAUCAGUUCAGCCUUACUGCAUCUUUCUCUUUACUGUUGACUAGUGUAUGUCCUUUUCUACUGUUAUGGUAGUACAUGAACUUGGUUGGCCCAUGGUAACUCUACCUGUAAUUGUGAUUUCUAAAUGGUGUGUACUCACCACUGAGUAGAUGCUCAAAUAAGGUCGCUGUCUCGGUACCACAGUCAUGGCUUGUUGUCGUUGAGUGUCGCACGUUGUUUUAUCAAAGGAUUGGAUCUUGUGUCUUCCAAUGGACCUAGUUGCUUAAAAAUAAGUGUAAAACUUACUGGUUCUAGAACAUCCAGGUGUCUGUACCACUCCAAUUGUGCCAAGUUGAUGCAUCACAUCCAUUAUGCAUUAUUCUGACAUAUGAAGAGUAUUACUGAUUUGCUUAGAUUUGCAGUGCCACUGAUGCAUUAUGUUUUAUUAGUGCUGACUGUUGACACCUCACCAAACAUUAUGUUUUCUCCCAUUUGGGAUCAAUAUCAACAGUCGAUCCUACUUUUAUCUCUUCAAAUUUUAACAACUACAGAAUCUGGCUGUGUUCACUUGUGCCUUCAAGUCUCAAUUGAUGUUUUAUUUUUUCAGCCCCCAAACUCGUAUAUCUGUGCUACUGUCUAUUGAUAUUUGCAGCAGGUCAGCGCACUUGAUCCUAAAGGUGGAAAUCUUCUUCACACCGAGCAGAGCAGAUUGCUCCAGGUAUGGUCUCACUUCUCAGUAGCACAUUGGAAGGAAAAUGGUGCUUUUAUAAUGCUAAACAUUUGAUUGGUUACAUUAUAUUGUCUUAGCUUGACAAUCGGGGCUCAACUUGAUUAGGCUACUUUUUUAUAGUGGAAAUAGGCUAGACUACUUUGCAUAACAAGUUGCCUGAUUGUUGUAUUCAGCCCAUGAACACAAGCGCUCAGGCCCAGAGGUGUCAUCAACUUUGGGAUCCUGGGCUGCUGGGCAUGCAAAAGUCGCAGACUAACGGGCUGCACCUCAAUGUCAUGACUUGAACCAUUAUCGGUCAAUCUAGAAAGUCAAGGAGCUGGUGGAGCUCACUUAGUGCCAAGAUGGGUUCCUCUUCUAUAGAACAUUAGUCAAAGAAAUGUUGAAAUGCACUGGAUCUGCAUCAUUGAAUGACGUAAUAAGUUUCAUUCCUUCAGUAUACUUAAUCCUCAGUUGACAAGUUCGUCCCAUGGCUAAGCUUUCCCCUCUAAACGUAUCACUGGGGCCAUUGGUAUUUGGUUGGUCUUCUGCUUUUCUGCACCGUGUGACCCUACCCCAUUCCUAAGGCUAGUGUAUUGAAAGAUCCAGCCAAGUAAAGAUUUGUGUAAUCGCUACUAAAAAUUCUCCCAAGAGCAUACCUGCUGCAAAUGGAAUUUAGCCUGCACUGUUACAGAAUUCGGAAAACCGCGCCAAGAUCGCCAAGAUCUUCAGUAGAGUAAGCAAAGACCGCAGCAGGACUUAGAUUCUCUGUGGAGCACUCGAAUUGCUCCGCACCAUCUUCAGAGAGCCAUUCAGCAUUGAUCCAUAUCCUUCAGGGGUUUUUUUCGAAUAACGAUCCAUAUCCUUCAUGGCUGGCAAAUGUCUGUAAGCAGACCACUGCUGAGGAGAACAUGUAAAAGGUUAGAGCAGCUACUUCUUAGGGCCUGUAUCAUCGAUGAGGAGGCCAAGGGUAGGCAUGUCAGAAUCCAAGUGACAGCUCCAGAUCCUGAGAGAUGAAAUGUUUAGAGGCUGCUACCUUCGAUGGCUUAAGAUACAGAGCAAUUCAAGACAGGGUCAAAGACAAGGUGAGUCACCCUUUGGAUCAAAUAUAGAUUCAAUCUGGCUAAGCAAAAUUCAGUUGCAGAAAGGUAAGAGGAUUUGGUAAGAAGAUGGUCCAUGGUCUAGAAAGCAUCAUUGAUGAUAUAAAGAGGUUUCUGAUGAUAUUUUUUUUUCUGCAGUACCCUUGUAUGCACCGGCAGCCUUAUAGCGCCCAUUUGCCUUUGGAUUUGGUCGAGAUAUGGAAUGAGAAAGGUUCAUUGAACUUGUGCUGAGAACAGAACCUUCUGGCAGUGAAGGAUUGGGCGUAUUUUCUUUCAAUAGUUGGUUUCAGCACAAACGGGAAAGAGCACUCUUGUGGAACGUGUCUGAUGCGAUGAUCAAUGAGAGGGUAAUAAAACUGGUGCUUAGCUUCAUAAUCAGUAGGAAUCAAUCCAAAGGAAAGCAUGAAUGAUGAAAUGGGUGCUCGUUUUCUUGUAUAUUCCUAGGAGGCCAGCCAGUAUGUUAGUUGUGACAGGAGCAGCAUCGAAUCUUCAGCGUUCAAUCCACGCGGCCAACCCGCUUUCUCGGCUGGUCCUGCACUUUCUCAACCUUCAAGAGGAAUCAGCAGCCACUACAUACACUCUCAAGGAAUCUCUCCCAAAGAUUAUGGGGUUCGCAGCAGAGAUAUUCUCCAGUGUGGUCGUCGCCGAGCUCGUGAACAGGUGCAUGUCGUUCCUGUUCGCCAAGUGUGAGAACAAGCAGGCGACGGCGACCGUGCAGGAGGACCUGCAGCUGCUGCGCCGCCUGCUGAUGAGGGGUGACACGAUCGUCGAGGAGGCCGAGCGGCGGCACGUCGCGAACCGGGACAUGCUGCGGCAGCUCAGCGCCCUGAGGGAUGCGGCGUACAGGGGCUACUACGUCCUCGACACCGUCAGGUGCCGAGCCCUUCCUAGAGGAGGAGGAGGAGGAGGGAGCCACAGCAACGAGGAGGAGGAAGAGGUGAACCGCCGCCGCGCCUUCGCCCUGUCCAGGUUCAACCCGGCGAAGCGUGUGUGCUACCCAUCUGGUGAAGCUGAUGAUGCUACUAGCUCGGUAGAGCUGAGGAAAAUGGUUUGCAGCCUGGAAGCCAUGAUCGAUGGCAUGGAUGGGUGCAUGUUUGGCCGCAACAUGGAGAGAGAAAGGAUCGUGGAGUUCUUGCUGCAGACUGAGCCUCCGCCUGGUGCUGGAAAUCUGGGUGUUCUUCCCAUCGUUGGCCCCGCGCAUAUUGGGAAGAGCACUCUCGUGGAGCAUGUUUGCCACGAUGUGAAAGUGUGCAGCCAUUUCUCCUUGAUCAUGGUUUUCAGUGGGAAUGAACUUAAAGACGAGACUGCGGCAAGCUUCAGAGACAAGUGUGUGAUCAAGCACCAAAAUGAUCAGGCCUCGAAGGGAAGAGUGUUGAUUGUCGUAGAGCUCUUAGAGGAUGUGGAUGAAGAGGCAUGGAAGAGGCUCUACUCCAGUGAAAGAAGCAUGUCCCAGGGGAGCAAAAUGAUCAUCACCAGUCGAUCAGAUAAAAUUGUGAGGUUUGGGACAACACAAGCACUUAGGUUGAAAUGCCUGCCUAUCGAAGCCUACUGGUAUUUGUUCAGGACGGCUGCCUUUGGAAGUGAUGACCCAGGGCAGCAUCCUAAGAUGGUAUCCUUAGCAUUGGAGAUGGCGAUUUUGAUGCAAGGAUCUUUCAUGUUCGCGUAUAUGGGUGCUGCCCUGUUAAACACUAAUUUCAAUACUCAAAGCUGGUCCAGGAUUCUAACGAGGGUGAGACAGUACUUUCAAAAGAAUGCCUCCUUGAUUGGAGAAUACCCUGAUGACAUCAAGGUUAAGGAUUAUCCUCGAUAUACUUGGAAUGUAAUCAAAGAGAAACCAGACAAAUAUUUUAUGCUGCAUGACAUCUACCAAAGAGACUCUGGUCAGGAGGUUCCAGAUAUAUCAUUCUUAGAUCUCCAAGCCGGGCGUGCUCAACCACCACCAGGGAAGUAUGAGAUACUUUUCAUGAGAUCUCCAAUUCCACCGUACUUCAACUACAUAUGUGCAUGUGAGAUCCGUGAUAUGUAAGUAAUAUAAGCAUCAUAAGGUUGCACGGAGAUGUAAGUGUGUGCACAUUUGGAUCACCUUUUGAGUUGAGAAUGAUGUAAAAAUUUGGCUAUGUGCAGUCGUGGAGGCCGGAAACAUUUCUCUUCUCUGAAAAAGAAUUUGGACAGUUAGAAAGAA